AUGUCGGAGCGAAAAAUCAAAGUUAAGGGAUUAAGCUUUUCCACAACGCAGUUUAUGGUCAAACAGGAGUUUGAAGAUUGUGGCGAUGUCAGAGAUGUUGAUAAAGUUAAAGAUGAAAAUCAAGAAUGCGUAUUUUAUGUCACAUUUGAAGAGGCUGAGGAUGCAGCUUUGGCUGUUAAAAGAAUGAAUGAAAAAGAGAUCAAUGGUGAAAAGAUUACCGUUACUUUCGAAGGAUCUAGCAAGAAUUCACGUUAUAAUCGCGACUACGAAGAUGAUGACGAAAACGAGAGAAGAGAUGAUCGAAAAUUCAACAAACGUGAUGACAGAAGAGAUUAUGAUCGCAGUGGCUCAAGAGAUGGCCGAAGAAGUGAUGAUCGUCGUAACUAUAGAAAUAAUAGCAGAGGAGAAAGAAGAGACGAGAGGUAUUCCAGUGACAGACGAAGUGAUAGAAAGAAAUCACCAAAAUAUGACGAUGAUCGAGAUUAUUCACCAAAACCAAGAGAACUUAGCGAAAAUGUUAAAGAGAUGUACAACAGCCUCGUUACAUUAUUACAGGAAUACAUAUCACACUGUUUGAACUAG